GAGAUCUCGAGUUAUGGGAAAGUGGAAGUGAGCCAGUAUCUUCAAAUUUUUUUUUGCCUAAGAGCAGGUGUCUACCCUGACGUUGGCUAUGUGACUUAAAGAUGAGUUCUUCCCUCUGGAAUGGACGGGCGGGCGGAAAUUCUUCACACAAGAAUUACAAGUACAGACGUCUUUCCAGCGCUGAGAAUGGAACAGGCAAUGGGUACAUUUCAUGCGAAGAGGACGAGGAGGAGAUAUUCACAUCACAGGCCUUUGAGCUGAAGAAAAUUGUAAAGAAGUCCGAUGGUCAGGAGAAAAAAGGGUCCUCUGGCAGCAGCCCGGUUAAAUUUGUUACUGAAUAUGAGCAGCUGAUUGAUAGACCCAUACAAAGUGGAGAGACGCUCAGGAGCAUAUCUCUGAAGUAUAGGAUUCCGGUAUCAGAAUUGAAGAGAAUAAACAAGAUCUUCCAAGAGAACGAAUUCUUUGCCCUAAACUCUUUGAAGAUUCCGGUGAAACCCAACUCUGUUUUGGCGGAGAUGCUUGACGAAGAGAACAGGCAGAGGCAGGAGAAUGUUGCCAGUACUCGAGCUGCAGUCUUGGGCACAAGGAGUGUCAGCAGCUGCAGUGAGUGUGAGAGUGACUCUGAGAUGCAUGUAGGCUACAUUAGCAUCAACCGCAUCUUGAAAGACACACGCACCAAGAAGGAUGCCAAGAGGUUCCUGGACAAUAUGAAGCGAGACCUGGCCCAGAUCCGCGAGAAGACCAGCACAUACAAGGAGUCUCUAGAUGAAGCUGCAGCCACACUCACCGACCUGCGGUUUCGGCCCCUAGAGCAGUCAGACAAGUGUGAGGGGGCUGACUGGGGCAUCAGCUGGUGGAAGAUGAUGGUGGCAGUAGUUAUCCUCCUGAUUGGGAUUCCUUUGCUCUUCUUCUGGUACUCGAGUCACAGUAGCUAGGGCCUUCCUGAUGGACUGAGAAGGAGCAGGUGAGGGAGAGAGGACUUUGAAGAACUCAGGAGCACUGAGGAGCUUAGCAGAGUAAGCUACUCAUCAAAUAUAUGACAAACUUUCUUUUCUGGACUCUCCCUUUGCUUGCUCCUCCAGAAUAUGGAUUUAUCUCCAGUGUUUACCUUUUUGAGAACAAACAAGUUUAUAAUUUGUGCAUCCAUGAAACAAAGGGAAACGUUAGUGUGAUCUUUGUCGUGUAUUACAUGGACUACAAAUGGAACUAGCUAAUUAUUUCAGCAAAUCUUAUUCCACUUUGUGUUCGAGUUUGAUUCAAGAUGAAUUGUAUGUUUGGAGGAAGUGAUAGCUACGUGUUUUUUUUUGUUUUUUUUUGUGCAUUAUUGGAGGUGCAUUUAUUCAUUGCAGUUGUUAUUGUUAUGUCUCCCACAACAUUUAUUAUGUACUGUAAAUCUUUUCAUGAACAGACUUCCAAAAUACUUUUAAACUGAACCAGUGAUAUAAGUCCCUUAAUUGACUAUUGUAUCAGAUUAUUCAAUUUAAUGUUGAUGCCAAAGUGCAAAUUGCUGCCAGAUGAAUUGAAAUUGAUGACUGCUUGUGUGAGUAGGAGAAAUGAGAUUAUAGAAACCAAGUUGAAUGUGAUAUUUUUCUGUAACUUUCUAUAUUAUGAGAAAAUAUGACUCGGUGAGUUCUAGUUUUGAUAUUGUGAAUUUUAUUUACUAAUUCCAGAACAUCAGUGAUGGUGAAUAUUGACCUGUUGAUGCCAAGAUACAUACCCUGUCCACCUGUAUGCAUACCCUGUCCACUUUGAUUUUUUUUUUUUUUUUUUUUUAUGUAGAUGCAUCCACAUGUAUUUGGUCAUGUAGGACGUCAGUUACUAAGCAUACCUGAUCUCACCCAUUAACUGGAAUCUUUUAAUUUUGAAAAGAAAAAAUUUAUUUCUUUAACUACAAAUAUUGCUAGUAAUGUUAAGUAAUGAUAAUGUCGAUAAUAAUAAUAAUAGCAACGUAAGCAACGAUAAUAUUAGAAGUUAGAACAUUUCCUGAAAAUCCAACCAAUGGGAUAAACCAGUGGAGUCAGGUAGGUUUAGUGAUUGACUCCUUGCAAACUCAGUGCUCAUGAAGCCAUUUAUAUGUAAACAAAAUUGGCAAAACAAAACUACGGGGGACAGCUCAUGUAUUCAGCACCAAUCGGUUAAUGACAGGACUGUUUUAUAGUGCUGUUGUUAUUAUAUAUAAAUAGAUUUUAAAAUAUUGUUAUGAUUAUGCUUUUUCUAAUAGUACUGUACGCCAUGUCCAGUUAAUACCGUUAUUUUGAUAUUAAUUUUAUUAUUUUGAUUUACUUAUUUUUUCAUUAUUAAUGAUUGUUAUUUAAGAGCAUUGUCUUUUGGCAGAAAUAUUAGAGAGAGCUUGUGUUGUUAAUAUUACUGUUAUCACUAUUAUUAUUAAUAUCAUUAUUAUUAUUAUUAUUAUUAUUAUUAUUAUUAUUAUUAUUAUUAUUAUUAUUAUUAUUAUUAUUAUUAUUAUUUUCAAUUUAAUUAUCAUUGAUCAAUAAUGUUGUUGGUGGUAUUAUGAUGAACAUCACCUUUUUUUCCUGUUUCAUGGUGGAAAACAUUAAGAUAAGUCUUAGGAUUGUCGUAGAUGUCUGUUUACUUAUUUAUUUAUUUAUGUUAAGAGAUGGUGCUCUGCAUGUAUACAAAUAUAUUUUUUUUCUAAUUAUU